AUGGCUAGCCUAUUGAGCCAGGUGUACCUGGGAGUAAAUACAGAUAAUUCCGAUUCAAACAAAGAGACUCCUUCUCAGAUGCCCAUCUUUUUGCCGCUGUCACAACUCAAUCUGGUUCCUCUCAACUCCACAGCUUCGCCGGUCACCAAUGGAUUCGCGCCAGUCCGGAUUGUCUCGUUGCUAGUUGCCCCCAUCUCUACACCCUCCUCAGGUGCAUUUGAGCCUAAUUCUGAGAAUCCUUCCUUAGCUUCCUACUCACUAUCAUCAUCACAAGCAGAAGAAAUUGCAUCCGAUUCCCUCUUCUCAUCCUUCUUUGUCUCGAAUUCACUCGCCAUGGAAACUGGAAUCGCACCUGGUCAGGUCCUCUUCCCUAAGACCAAAUCUCGAGCUGCUGACCUGGUGCUCGCUGAUCCCGUUAGUCUAAGCAGUUGGCUUUAUUUUCUUCAUUUUGCUUCCUUAUUCCUCACAUCUCUGAAGCCUAGACGAGGUCAAAAAUACAGUCUAGUUGGGAGGAGAGUAUUUUUUUGGAGGUUAGACUAA